UGGAAAAGCGCUAUAUAAGUUCAGUCCAUUUACCAUUCCAGGAGUUUAGUAAAGAAACAAUAAUAUAAUCAUGAGUAGACAUUAUGGUCUUCUGAAGUUUUGGUAACUUUGGUAACUAAGUAUCUCCUAUUGUAAUAAUAAUUGUAAUAUUGAUUUCUUAUGUCCUUCCAACCUGUUGAGUAGGUCGGGGAAAUUAAACACUAGAGAUUUAAGUUGAGUAAUAUUCCCUGAGACCAGGAAGACCCAUACCACCAUUUCCUUUUGAUAAUUGCUGUCUUUUAUAUUUAAUCCUGGCCUUUUUGUGGUGCCAUAUGAUUUUUGCCCACAUCCUAUCCCAUUCAUCAAAAUGUUGUUUAGGUACUUUUAUUGGCAAGCACUGAAAGAGAUAAAUAUGUAUUCUUAUAGAUUCCACUCUGGAGUAUAAGUUCAAGAAAGGAAUGGUGCUCCAUUGCUGAAAGUCCGAUUUUUAUCCUUGAUGUUAAGGGGCCUUAGUUGGCAUCCACCAAUCCAGACAAGUCCUUUGUCAACAUUACUCCCAAGUACAAAUACCAUUUGAUUCCCAAUUCUAUUUAUACAUAUUCUUAAUUUUAUCAGAUGGAUAGCAAUUCAAACAUAGUGUCUAGGUUUUGUUGACGUUAAUCUUCUAUCCAGAGAGCAAUCCGUAUUCCUCCAGCCAUGCCAUUAAUUUGGGGAGCGUUUAAUGUGGUUGUGCUAAAAAUAUAAGCAAAUCAUCUGCAAAUAAAGCCAGUUUUUGUUCUCCUGACAUCAUUGUUACCCCUUUGAAAUCAGGCCUCUGUCUUAUCCACUGGGCCAGGGGCUCUAGAAAGAGGCUGAAGAGGAGUGGGGAGGCAAUGCAACCCUGUCAUGAUCCUCUCUGCAGAGUAAAUACGUUGGACAAGUCCGCGUUAAAAACUGACUCAUGUUUAAGCCUGAUCUCCUCCAUAUGAUGACAAACACAUUUCUGGGAACAUUUACUUUAGUAACAUUUGUGUCCAUGGUUGACUUCUUUACUUCAGUUAAAGCACUACAGUAACAUCUUGCAAUAGAUUUCUCAUUUGCCUACCUUACAUCAGCUGUUUACAGUUUAAGGUUGCAUCAGUGAAAUUAAGCUUCAGCCGCAGUGCUACUGUAGAUAAAACGCCCAUGGGAAAAUCAUCAUGCUGCAGGAGAACAAUGAAACUGAGCCUCCAGUGCAUGGCUUAAGGAAAUGGUGGCAGAUAUUGUGUUGUUGGAAGUGGGAAUUCAGGAUACCUACCAUACAGACUGUAACUUUAUUUAAAUAUAUAUAUUGAUUUCAAAAGGGAAAAAAUGUUGGGUAAAAGUAGAGCUUGUACAACUUUGCUUGUCGUAUAUAAGUUGUUCAUUUUUGCCCCUCAGCUCAACUAUCCAUCUCAAUCACAGCCUAAACACGCCCCUCAUCCAUAUCUAUCUCCAUACCAUCCAAUGGCUGAAGACAAUGGCUGAGUCCUUGUAGAGUUCUUUGCCCCAGUGAUCAUUGGGAUAGUAGGACAGUAGCAAAGAAGACAGGUGCUGUGUUGAGCAUUCCAUUUAAUUCCAUCCAGCUUUAAAACAUCUUUCCUAAAAUGUUAAACACCAGCCUUUAUGACAACUCUACCAGCACCGGGGGUCAACGCGUUCAGCUGCUGUGGUAUCAUUACCCAGAAUGUGUCGUGGCUCCUCAGCCCUUUGUCUUCUACUUUGUGGUCAAGGUGUUCAACCUGGUCAUUGGGACUCCAGGUAACAUCUUCGUCAUCUGGCAAAUAGCUUCGAAGAAAAAGAACACCUCCACGUCCGACGUCUUCUUCUUCAACCUGGCCGUGCUGGAUGCCUACUUCUGCUUGAUGACCCCAAUAGAGUUGGUCAACAGGUUAGAGCUGGGCGACGAAAAGAUCUGGAUCUUCCAGAGGUUUGCAUAUGGGGUGAAGGACCUAGCGCCACUCUUUCUCGUGUGUAUCUGUGUGGACCGCUACAUGGCUGUCGCACACCCAGUGUUUUUCUCGAGUUACCAAGAGACCAUCGCCCGCAUUUGCAUUUGUGUCUUCAUCUGGAUUUUUAUAAUGCCCUACAGCAUAAUUAAGGGGCUUUGGGGAAUUAUGAGUGUGAGCGGCAUCUUCGGUGGGGUCAUCCUCUUCGCAUUUGGGGUCAUGGUCUUCUGCAACAUCUCCGUCAUCUGGGUGCUCCGCCACUCGAUGGCAGGAAAGGAAAAGAUGCACCCAGUGAAGAAGAGAGCCUUUAAGAUGGUGCUGAAAAACCUGGGCAUCAUUGCCUUCAACUACUUGCCACCUGUGGCCUUUAUGCCCUUUGUGUCUUAUUACACAUAUUUUGAGUACCGUUGUCAGAUCAGCAUCAGUGUGUUCUCCAUCAUGGAUCUAAGCUGCAGCAUUGAGCCGCUGCUGUUCAUCUCAAAGACGGAAGGACUGUUUGGUAUGUGGUGCAAGAAGAAAGCCUCAGAAACCCCGGAUGACAUCAAGGUUUAAUCGAGCGGUGUGUAAACUUAUUUCCCACUAUAAAUACAAAGCCCUCCACAUUUAUUGGCAUCCAUAUGGAACAGAUGCACACAAAAGUAAAAAUAAAUUGUUGUAAAGGAGAUUUGGUAAAAGAAGACACUUGUUUGCCAUUAUCCAGCUUGAGCUUGGAAUUUUCCUUGCUCUCAUCGUUUCCCAAAUAAUGAUGAUCAAUAAACAUCUGUCUUACUUACGACAUGCUUUCUUGUUUUUUUCCCCCCCAUCUUAAAAUGGUGUCCUGUGUCGCAUUACGUUUAUGCCCAAAGGAAACAGAAAGUCUCGCGCUUCCUAGACACAAAAUGAAAAGUAUAUCUUCACAACAAAAUGACUUUAUUUGAAAAAACAUUUAAAACUGAUUAUUUUAGGUUACAUUUUUCCCCACUAAAAAAAAUUACUGAAGUUAUAAAUUUUCUUUCUAAAAAUGUUAUUUUCAUAUUGUGCUGCUGCAAUAAAAAAAUCUAAUUAGUCUAAGAGUUUAACGCAUCUGUAGCUGUGAUAGCAGUAAUUGUAGAGGAUAUAGGACAUUUUAAUGUAUUGCUUUGCAACAGUUUCUUUUGUAAAAUAAGUCAGAUCUAAACUUGUUUACCCUUUAAGGGGUUCUUAUUAAAAAUGCACAAUGUAUGUUUCCAGAGGAAUAACUGCAUUAUAACACUUGGAAGGUAAUUUUUCUUUUUCCUCCAUAAAGAUUUUGCACAUUUAAAGAAAUAGACAUGCUGCGUUAAUCAACCACCCAAUAAAACAUUUUCAAUUGUUCAAUUUAAGAAAUGUAAAAGACUAAGACAAGAAAAAUGAAUACAAUGUUUUGAUUAAUAAUAGGUUAUAAAUAAUUAAUAAACAAUUAAUAACUGGUUUGAUUAAAAUAGGUUUGCUACAUGAUAGAAAGGAGCCCCGUACGCUCGAUCUGCAAAGCAUUUAUUGACAUUUGAUCUGAUGAAGAUCCAACUGGGACUGAAACUGUUGUCAAUAAAUGUUGUGAAGAUCAUGCAUGCUGGACUCCUCUCUAUCUACAUUUUGAGCUUUUAACCCUGCAUCUUCAUCUAUUGACGUGUGGGUAACUAACUUUACAUUUCAUACAUUAAAUUAAUUAAUAAUCAAAGAAAUAAAGUUUAUUUAAAGCUAAAUGAAACCCAAACAAUUGAAAGCGUGUUUUUUAUUAGCGCAUUUACCUUUUUGUUUACAAGCUUUCACUUUGACAAAAAACUGUUGUGAAACAUCAAAUAAAUAGAAUUAAAAAUAUCAACUUUCUACUAAACCCUCUGCAGUCAAGUGAAAUAAAAACAUAUUACAGCUAGUGCGUGCUGCCCUGUAAAUACAGUUUCUCCCACAGAUGUUUGUUUUAAGUAUCUUAGUAGUUGAUGUUUGCUGCUGAAAAUUGUUUUACUGCUGGUUGUUAUCAGAACUCUAAAACGUGUUAUUAUAAAGACAGCCUAAAGCGGUGUGUGAUUUAUAAAACACUUAUUGGGCACUUAGGAUCUAAUUAAUUUAGCUUCAUAACAAGGAAUGCCCAGUGGGACCAAUUAGGAGUGAUGUAAUGCAUGGUCAUAUAUUUUAUGCAAGAUGAUUAACUAAAUACAUAAUUAAAAGUAAUUAACCCGCCCAUUAAUAUGUAGCA